AUGGUUGGGCAAUUGUUUGAAAUUUGAAAUUGGGCGCAACUUGAAAAACCACCUAAUGAUUUGUGUUUUUGAUACACUAAAGCAUUUGAUUCCUAUCACAGAAUUACCAAAUUUGUAAAUUGUGGCACAGGUAUAUGCAUUAUGCUCAGGCCUUUUAGAACUUUGAGUUCCACACUUGUUUUGCAAUACACAAAGUGAAUCACUAGGGGAUCCCACACUUUUAAUGAAAAACAUAGCUGUUUGAGGAGAAGUGAGAUGGGAAGUUGCCAUUGUGGCCUGUGAGAUUAAGAUUUACAUCAGAGAUGAAGAACCCUGGACUAUGGUAUAGUGCAAUUAUGGUGCAAAGGUUGAUUGGAAUAUCCCGACACUACCGAGCAAAUCCAAAAGUAGAUUUGAAGAAGCUGAGACCCAUGAUCCUCAAACGGAUUGAGAAUCGAGCCAAAGAUUAUCCUGUUAAAGCCAUGGUCCCUGUCGCCUAUGAUGUCCUAAGGUCCCGAACCCUUUUGAUACAAGGCGUAUCCAUCCUUCUCCAAGUAAUACCCAUCUGGUCUUGCAAAUUCUGUCCAGAAGUGUAUAUUGGGGAGAAAGGUCAUGCAAUCAAGACUUGCCAUGGUUACAGACGGCAUGCCAAGAACAAGGUUCAUGAAUGGAUCAAAGGGGGCAUAAACGAUAUAGUUGUCCCUGUGGACACGUUUCACCUACAUAACAUGUUUCAGGAUGUAAUAAAACAUGAACAACGGUUCGAUUAUAAGCGGGUGCCUGCAGUUAUUGAACUAUGUUUGCAAGCAGGUGCAGAUCUUGAUGAAGAGGAGGUAUCUGCAAACAAGUUGGAGUCUGUAAGUGGUGAAUCUUUGUCAAGUGAUGAUCUGAGGAUGGUAGCCGAUGGAACUUUGAAGGCAUGGGAGGUGCUUCGAUCUGGUGUCCAGAAGUUAUUGAUGGUUUAUCCGGCUAAGGUUUGUAAGUACUGUUCGGAGGUUCAUGUGGGCCCAUCUGGGCAUAAAGCUCGUUUGUGCGGGGUUUUUAAGUAUGAGAGUUGGCGUGGGACUCAUCUUUGGAAGAAAGCUCAAGUGGAUGAUUUGGUUCCUUCGAAGGUUGUGUGGUUCCGCAGGGCUCGGGAUCCUAUCGUUCUUCAGGACAAAUGGCGGUCUUUUUAUGGACACGCGCCUGCCGUGGUGGAUUUGUGUACAAAGGGCGGUGCAAUAGCACCAGCCAAGUAUAAUUGCAUGAUGAAACUGCAGGGAUUAUCAGCAGAUGUUGCAUUCAAACAUGGAAGAUGAGCUUUCAUGGUGGGUGUUGUUGAGUUGGACAUUAGGCUUCAAGAUGCUGCAUUUGUUUUUAGUUUUUUUAACCGUGGGUAUCUGGACCAGCUUGUGUGCACCUCGACUAAUUUCAGGGGAUAUGGAGAACAACCAGGAAAAUCCCUAGUGGCCUUGCUAGACUUAAACCGGUGACCUCAAAAAUCCAAACCUUAUUGUCAGUUGAGCUAACUAUACAAUGUCUGUGGAGGCUCAAACUGACAAUUUAUAGAGAGGAGCUCAAGACCUAGCAUUUAUUUGACGGUCGAGCGGACGCUAAAAUUGAUUCUGAUUCCCGCACAGGAUUGAUUAUUUAUAGGUCGUGGAUUGAAGUGUAAAAUGGAAAUUUUAGUUAUUAUUAUUAUUAUUAGAUUAACUUAUUAAUUACUAAAUAAUCGAACCA